AUGGUGCACGGCGUUAUGGCAAUUGCCGCACGGUUAUAUCUUUACGAAAGCUUUUUUUGUUAUUUGCGUGUUUUGAUAUUUUUUUAUUGAUCGUAUUUUAAUAUUUCAGGGUUAACAUGUCGGAUUCAUCUGACUCGGAGUACGAAGAAGAGACCGUUGCGAAUCCGCGCAAAAAGAAGUUCAUCAGUAAGAAUUUUCGAUUUGCGGAGCUUUUAAUGAAUGUUAUUUUUAGGAGAAAAAUCGGAAGAUAGUGAAGAAGAGCGAAAGAAAAAAGCAGAGAAGGUGGAAGAAGAGGAGGAAGUCCCCAAGUCGUUUGCCGAAUUGGUAGGAAAAUUGUGCAUAUUUUUUAAAGUAAUUUCGUUAAUUUAGGGAUUGAACCACACGCUCUGCGAUGCCUGUGAACGUCUUGGCUGGACGACUCCUUCGAAAAUCCAGGCGUCCAGUUUGCCGUUCUCUUUAGUCGGGAGAGAUAUGAUUGGCCUGGCUGAGACGGGGUAGAAUUAUUUAUUUCAUUGUCUUUUUUUGGAUAUUUCGUUAUUUUUUCUCCCAAUUUUUAUAUUGUGAACCUUAUUUAGAAAGUUAUGAGAAUCAAGCUCAAGUUAUGAAAUUAUUGUCAAAGAUGGAUGGAAAUUCUUCUUUAUUAUAUUUUUUUUUUCAUUUUCUUCUCUAUCGUUUGUUUUUUAAUGUUCAUUGUGUGAGAACCAUGCAGAAAGUUAAUUUAGCUCAUAAUUUAGCUCAAACAAAAAAAAUCAUUCUAGAGAAAGGGCAUAACUGCUCCUAUUGUCUUUUUUUAAACAUAUAAUUCUUGUUUUUUUGAAUUUUUUUAUUGUGUUUUAAUUAUUCGUAAUGAUAGAAAUAUCGAGCUCUAAUCAUAAAAAUAGUGUUAAGUUAAUUAAUUUAAUCAACUUUUUGUCAUUUUACAAGAUCCUUUAUUUAGUUUGAAAAGUUUGAGGUGUUAGCUUUUUCAAAGAAUUCAGGAAUUUCAACAGAAACAGUAAUAAUAAUCUUGUAAAUGACCAAAAAUUUAGAAAUUUAUAAAAUACAGAUUUUUUUGGCUUUAAAAUUUUAUUAUGGCUUUGAUUUAAUAUAUUAGGUAAGAUUCGUCAUUCAGCUGUUAACUUGAUUUUUUAAAACUUCACUAUGAUUCAUAGUUUCGCAUCAUUUUUCACCCUCAAAAACUUUCAGAUCCGGAAAAACGGGCGCUUUUGCACUUCCCGUUCUCCAGGCGCUCCUCAACCACCCGCAGGCCUAUUUCGCCCUUGUUUUGACUCCAACCCGUGAAUUGGCCUUUCAAAUCGCACAGCAAUUUGAGGCCUUGGGCUCUGGAAUUGGAUUGGGUGUUGGUUAGUGAGGAAAAGAAGAGAUUUUGGGAUCUUUUUGGAUUUUAUGUUGGUUAAAUGCAGUUAGAAUAAUAAAUGCCAAAUAUUUUUUUAAUUUAAAAAAAUUCAUUUAUUUUUUUCUAGAAUUUUUUUGGUCGAACAGGUUUUUGCGGAUCAAACUGAAAUUUGAAAAAAAUUGAUUUUCGAGUUUUUAUUUCGUCUUAAUGGGUGAUGAUUUAAUAAAAUUUUUUUAUUAAUGAUUUUUUUCUGUCCUCAACUUAUAAAUUGAUCCCAAAAAAAUUUCAUUUUUUUCAGCCGUCAUUGUCGGUGGCGUAGAUAUGGCGACCCAGGCGAUUGGCCUCGCGAAAAGGCCUCAUAUCAUCGUCGGUUCGUUUCAAAAAAAUUGAUUUUUUUAAGCUGAAAAAAAUAUUUAUUUAAAAAGGAUAAGAAUGGUGUGAAAUUAACAAAAAAAUGGUACGAUUUGGAGAGUUUUUUUCUGAAGUUUUUAAGGUAUUUUCAAUCCAGUUGAAUGUUUUUUGGCUUGAAAGCCAUUCCCUUGAAUGGAAAAUGAUGAUUUAGAAGUUUUUUUCUUUUUUUUAUAUAAUGAGAUUCUCGGCCUUUUUCUUGUUCUGAUUUAUGAAAUAAAUUUUUCGAAUCAUAGUUUAGAAAAACAGGUAAAUUCUAACAAAAUCAGCAUUAUGCUGCUUUUUUUCAGGCAAGAAUCUUUUUAAUUUUUUUCAAAUCAAUCUAACCAAAAAAAGUAUCAAGGAGAAAAAAAGAACCAAUAGGAACGAUGAAAAAUCCGAUUCGAAGAAUUUCUCCCAGUUUUUUUCAGUAAUUUUCAAGUAGUACAUGGUGAGGGUGUUUCAGAAGAUUCCUUGAUUAUAUUCCAGACCUUUUUUUGUUCUAAAUUAUCAGCCGAGCGUUUUGAAACAUAGCUGUAAUCCAAGAAAAUGGCCCUUUUUUUUUGGUCUUUUCAUGUAAAAAUCUGGAAUUUUUGUUAGGAGUUUCACCCACUUGGAAAAAAAAAAGCAAUAUUCACUCGAAAAUAAGUUGAUUUGGCCUUUUCCAGCGACUCCCGGACGUUUGGUCGAUCAUUUGGAGAACACGAAAGGGUUCAAUUUGAAAGCUCUGAAAUACCUCGUCAUGGAUGAAGCUGAUCGAAUCCUCAACCUGGAUUUUGAGGUUUAUCGAAAAAAAAAAUGAAAUAUUAAUUGUAUUGAUUUUUAGGCCGAACUGGACAAGAUUCUGAAAGUGAUCCCACGCGAGCGACGCACCUACCUUUUUUCGGCUACCAUGACCAAAAAAGUGGAUUUUUGUUGUCAAAGGGAAUUGCGAGAACAUUUUGAAAAAUUGAUGAAUUUUGGCUUAGAUGUCUUUCAGAGCGUACUGAUCCAAGAAAAAAAGAAAAAUUGCGGAAAGUUAUUUUUUUAACGGGGUAUGACCUCUAAAAUUUCAUAAUGAGUAUAAUCCGUUCAAGUUUUGAAUUUCAAGUAGAAUGACGUCAUUUGAAGCUCUGUGCGUGACUCGCUCCCUGUUUGGUUUAUCAUGCCGAUAGGGGCGGAGCUUGAGCGACGAUGUGAUUUUCUAAAAUCUAUAAAGUUUGACUGAGAUGCUUUUCAGAGCUUUUUGAUUCAAGAAAAGAAGGAAAUUUGUAGGAUUCAGCAGUUUUAGUCGAGUUAUAAGCCAAAAAAAAACGUGAAAAAACUAUUUUUCUCCUUAUAUAUUUCAAGCUUUUAGUCUUCAUAACGUUACUGGAAAGCAGAAGGUGCAAAUUUUUGCAAUUUAAAAGUAAUCAGAAUGCCCUAAAAACCUCCCGAAAUAAAUUGUUGACUUCUCAAUAUGCGGUUUCUCACAAUGGUGGAUUGUCGAAAAACUUUAGAAGAACCUUGUUAAAUAAUUUCAUUUACAGGUCGCGAAAUUGGAGCGAGCUUCGCUGAAAAACCCGGCCCGAAUCGAAGUCUCCACGAGAUAUACGACCGUCGACAAGCUCCUUCAGAACUAUCUGUUCAUUCCCCAGAAAUACAAGGUUCAUUCAGUUCUAAAAAUUUAGUUUAUAAAACUUCAAAUUGAUGAUAAUUUCGUCUUUCAAGAUUAUUUCGCGCGUUUUAAAGUUGACUUUUUAUUCAUUAAAAGAGUUUCGCGAAAUGCGUCAAUUAGGAAUUUGAAAAAAAGUCGAUUCUUUUAAAGAGGUAGUACGCGGGUAUUCAAAAAAUAUUGAAUUUUCGAUUUUACUCGUUUUCCAAUCAAAUCUCAAGGUUUUGCGCCUUAAAAUCGCCAUUCUGCGACCUUCCUAAAUUCCAAUUCCGCAAAUGCAUGUAGAACUGAAAAAGGUCGAUUUUGAAGUCGCUGAAGUUGUUCUGAUCACGGCAAUAUCAAUUGGUUAUAUUUUUGAAUAUUUCAGGACCCCUACCUGAUUUUCCUGCUCAACGAACACAGCGCCAACACUAUUAUCGUCUUCACCGCCACUUGUAAUACGGCCAUGCUGGUUUUGAUGAUUUUUAAAAAUUAAAUCAAUGUUUUUGUUCAGCUCGCACUGACUUUACGGCAACUUGGCCUGGAAGCCGUCCCGCUGCAUGGAAAGAUGACUCAGGUACGGAGGGUUUAGAGAGAGAAAAGAAAUGAUUUAAAAUGUGGAAGAAAGCUAGAAGAUGAAUCAUACAUGAGAAUUUAAUUGUUUCUUUUUAUAGUUUUUUUAAAUUCAUAAAAUUAAAAAUUUUUAAGUUGUAAAAAAAUAUAGGCUUCUAUCGUCGAGAAGGAUUUGAAAUUUUUGGUUUUUGAAUUUUUGAAAUUUUUUUCAGAAGUCGGGACGUUACAGGGAUACAAUUUUAGAGCGUUUCUUGAUGUUUUCGAAGAGAAUUCGUCAAUCAGAAGGUUGAAGGAUUUAUUUUUUUAAACUUCAUUUCGAUUUUGGUGAUGACUUUCUAAUAAACUACAUGUAAGUAGCUUUAAAAUCAAGGAUACUUCAGUUUUUAGAAAGAAAUAAUGAAAUAUUUAGGAGAAACGCCUGGGAUCUCUCAACAAGUUCCGAAGCAAAGCUCGCCGAAUCUUGGUGUGUACCGACGUCGCCUCCAGAGGUUUUUAUGAUCUUUCAUUGGAAAAAAAAAAAUCGAAGUGAUAAUAUAUAGAAAUACUCGCAUGCUGAUCAGGUGUCUCAACGGGUGUACCCGUAUUAAACCCGUGUUUCUGAGGUUAUUUUAGUCUCAGUUGGGCUAACGGGUGUAAGAAAAAUAUGUAACGCAGCUGUGCUAAAGCGGGGUCUCAGUUGGGCUAAAAAUCGCCAAAAGUUCUAUCAGCUGGGCUUUUACGGGUUUAAUACGGGGGCACCCGCUGAGAACCCGUGUUAGCACGACGGGGUUACCCUGCUCAGCAUUCGAGUACGCGAAUUCAUUACAUUUUACGGAAGACAAACGGAGCAGCCGACUCUUUGAGUUGUCACUUGAGGGAAAAAGUUUCACUUGAAUUUAUUCAGUGAACACCUCGAAGAGACGGCUCAAUUAGUGAUGUUAUAGUAUGUUCCGCGCGAAAAACGGCUUUUUUGCAAUUUCUGCCUGACAGGAAGAAACAAAGGUCUUGGGUUGAAUUUACACAAUUUUGGUCUAUCUUUCGGAAAUGAAAAAAAAAACGGGACAAGCUGGCUGAAAUUUUGAAGCUCCGAGUGCAAUCAAAACUAUUACUUUUUCAAGUGGAACGUUUUUGAACUUCAAGAAUCAGGAUAAGUUCACUUUUUCGCCGGGUUUUACUUCCACAGAUUUCAAGUUUUCGUUCAAUAUUUCAUUUCAUUAUCUAGGGCUCGACAUUCCUCACGUCGACAUGGUGAUCAACUACGACGUGCCUUCGCAAUCCAAGGACUACGUCCAUCGGGUCGGAAGAACGGCCCGCGCGGGACGGGCCGGCCUGGCCAUCACUAUGGUUACCCAAUACGACGUGGAGACCUAUCAGAGGGUCGAGGGACAUUUGGGUCGGUUUUUAGGGUGUUUUGAAAUAAACCAAAUGUUUUUGAGCAUUUCAAUGAGAAAAAUAAUCAAGAAAACGUGAAGAAUCACUCAAGAAUUGCGUAAAAAAAGAACGCAGAUACUCAAAAUAUCAGUUUUUCUGGGAUGGAACCUAUCAAAAGGGGUUUUCGGUUUUCAUCAUGCUCCUUUAAAAAUAUUGGUUUUGAACACUCAAACAAGAUAAAGAAUGAAGAAAAAGUUUGGAAAAAGUUUAUAAAAUAAAAUGCGUAAAAACAAUGAAAAUAGAAGGUUGAUGUAAUGUUUUCUGCGUGGGCAACGUUAACGGAGAGAAAAUAAGCAACCUGAAAAUUUGAUUUUUUUUUCGCUGUGAGACCUUUCAGAGUACAAAUAUGUAUGAUGAAAAAACACAGGUUUCACACCGACAUUUGUACCAAAGCUAUACGGUUUUUUUUUGCGGUAGAAACAGAAAAUUGGCCGGAAGUUUUUCACGUGGAUCAUCAACUAGUCGUUGAGCGAGUUUGAAAGAAAUGCAAGAAAUGACUCCAUCAAGUUCGAAACCAAGAAGUAGGAACGGAAGAAAAAAUUACAUCGAAAAGAUUUAUGAGGAUCGUGUAUAUACUUUGACCUCCAUUUGGGCGCGAACAAAUCUCAUCGGUUAUGUUUUUGUGACCUGAUAAAAACAAACAGUGUGGAAUCUCAGCCCAUUCCUUCCUCCUGAAUUUUUUUUUGUUUCAUUUUGUUAUAAGCAGAAAAAAGUUUCUUCGUAUAUAUUUCCUUGAUGCAAAAGAUGUAGUUGAAAAUAAAAUUCGGAAUUUUUUUUUGAUGGUUAAACUUUCUCAAUAAUUCUAAGAAUUGUACCUCGUUAAACUGACAUGUUAAAACAUGUUUCAAAACACAAAACCGCUCCGAAACUGGGAAUUUCAUCGUUUGCUGGGCGUUUUAAUGCACUCUGAAGCACGUUUCGUUUCCAUUUUCUUCAAAAAAGAUGAGCAAUUUUUAAUUUUUUGAAGGAAAUUGUGUCUCUGUAUAGAUUUUUCGAUAUUUCUCGUCAUUCAUUUCUCAAAUUUCAAAGAAAGAAGAUGAAUAACGAACUUAUAACUCUUACGCGUUUGAGAAGGGUUUUUCCGAUAAUUUAUGAAUUUUCCCUGAUUUAUUUCUGCGAUUCUCAGGCAAGAAGAUGAGCGAGUAUGACUGCAACGAGCAGGAGGUGAUGCUCCUCGCCGAAAGGACCCAAGAAGCGAUCGAAGCGGCCAAGUUGGAGAUCAAGGAGAUGGAGGAGAAGAAGAAACGCGGACAGAAACGGUUCGUAACGGCUUUCUGUGUGAAAUUGCUACAUGAAAAGCUCUAAUUGAAGUUUUCUAUGAGUGUUUGUAAUUGUUAAGAGUUCAAAAAGUGAGAUUUGACAAGCUUUUGGAAAUUUUUCUGGAAAAUUAUUAAAUAAUCAGUUUCAGUUUGAGCUCUCUCAUUUCAUCAGCCUUUUUUUUUAUCAGCCUAAAAUCUCCUUUUUUCAUUUUUCCGACUUCAGAAGAGCCGGCGAUUCGGAUGACGACGACACGGAGGAAGUUCAGAAGGCGUUCAACAAGAGGAUCGGUGGGAAGAAGAGAAAUGGGCCAGGAAUGGCGAAAUUGAAGAAAAAGAAGGCCCGCUGA